AUACUGAUUAUCGCUGUUAAGUUAAAGGAGGUUGGCUUUGGAUUGAUAACCUUCAAAAAUGGGUGCUCAAGCGGCUCCACUUGUAAUGAUAGUUAUAUUCCUACCUUUUGUAGUUGCAUUCUCUGUAUACGCCAUUUAUCAUGAAGUUAUGGAGCAUCCUAAGGCUUUGUCGGUUACUAAAAGCGCUCUAGCUGGAAUUGGAUGCCUAAUUCUUGUUAUAUUAUCCUUUGCCGGAGUUGAUUAUUUCCGUAGAAGGAUUUCUGGCGUUACCCAAUACACAUUUGGACACAUGGCUAGUCAUUAUAUAUGCUUAAUCAGAUUGCAAUUUACCGGUAGACGAAUGAGGAAUAAACUUGAAUCAGAUACCAUUGAACUUCGUGAGGUUCAAAGUAGACUUAUUUUACAAAGGCUUCGAAGAAAUCAAAGCACAAUUUAUGGUCGUGAUUAUAAUUUUAAAAUAAUGAAAACGGUUGAAGACUUUACAAAACAACAUCCUCUAACGAGAUAUAGUCAUUAUCAAUCGUACUUAGAGCAGAUUGUUGAAGGUCAAGAAAACGUUCUUAAUGUUGAUAGUACAGUUCUGUUAGCUAUAACAUCAGGAGCAUCUGGACAUAGCAACAUGUUGCCCGUUUUGUCGCACGAAAGGACUUUACAUUAUAGAUUUGGUUAUGCAAUUGUUUGGCGCAUUCUACAUGAUAACUUUAGCGAAUUGAAACGAUUAAGAAAAAUUCUUAGAUUUGCCUACGUACCAAGAACUAAAACAAUCGCUUGCGGUAUACCGGUUGGACAACAACAACCGAAUGUUGAAUAUACUUUGCAAAUGUUAAGUACACCCACAAAAGCAUUCAAAAUUACAGAUGACUAUUCCCUUUUAUACAUUCAUCUGCUAUUUGGCUUAAGAGAUCCUAAUAUUGGUUUAAUUGAGAGUGGCUUUGCCUCUGUUCUCUACACAGCUAUGAGAGCUCUAAGGAACCAUUGGCACGAUUUAGUACACGAUAUAGAAACUGGAACAAUAAAUUGCGAUAUCAAAUUAGAUACGAAUCUCAGAAAACAUUUAGAAUCAUUACUUUUUCCGGAUCUUAAUAGAGCAUCUUUUCUUCGUGAAGAGUUUGAUAGAGGUUUCGAUGGUAUUGUAUCAAGAAUUUGGCCUGAUCUACAAUGUGUAUUAACUGUUGAUUCGGGUUCUAAUGAUAUAUAUGGACGGAUUUUGAAGCAACAUGAAUUUCAAGGAAUUAUCUUCUAUUCAGCUCUCUAUUCAGCAACCGAAGGCCUUCUAGGAAUCAAUUUAGAUCCUUUAAGUCACAAUAGACAUUAUUUAUUAAUCCCUAGAACCGUAUUUUAUGAAUUCAUUCCAUUGGAACAAAGUGACGAAGAACAACCUUCCACUCUACUAUUAGAUGAAGUUGAAGAUGGAAAAGAUUAUGAGCUAGUUGUAUCAAAUCAAAGUGGACUUUAUAGAUACCGAUUCGGAGACGUAGUUAGAGUUGUUGGUUUCCAUAAUCAUUGUCCCUUAAUUGAAUUUCUUUAUAGACAAGGACAAUUCUUGAACGUUAGAGGAGAGAAAACUAGUGAAAAAGCGUUCUAUUCAGCUUUAAUUCAUUCCGCUAGAAAUUGGCACGGCAUUAAAAUAAUUGAUUAUUGUUGCGUUGAAAGCGCUGUUCUGGAACAAGUAUCAAAUAAAAGUGAUCUUAUCGAUCUGCCAUAUUAUACAGUUUUCUUAGAAUUAGAAAACGGACAUUUAAUAUGCGCAUCACAAUUGGAUGAGAUUGAUAAAACGUUAUGCAAAGAGUUUUUCGUAUACGAAACAUUUCGAAAGAAGAAUAAUAUUGCUCCAAUGAAAGUAUUCAUAGUUAAGCCCGGAACUUUUUCCGAAUUUAGACAAUUUUUAAGAGAUACUGCAGAUAUUUCUUUGAAUCUUUAUAAGACACCACGAGUACUACGUCGCAUAGAUACUGUCCAAUUUAUGCUGGAUCAUGUUGAUAUUAGAAUGCACUCUCUAUAAACUUGAUUUCAUCGUUUUUUGUACAAGCAUGGUGACAAUUUAAUAUCCGGCAAGCUUUUACCUGGAUUAACUCUUUUCGUUUUUUUAAGUUCCAUCCAAACGAACAUUUUGUACGUUUUCUGCAAUCAAGUAAAGAUUGAGUUCUCGUUGUUUAACAUGAUAUAUGUUAAAAUCUUUUGUUUUAAUUCGUACAUUUAAUUAGCCAGAGAAUAACUAUCUACAUAAAAAUAAAAUACAUGUAUUAUUUCAUAGU